AUGGUGAAUUCUACAACUCUGUUCUCCAAUACGACUCAGCUAUCAACUUCCAACUCUAAUCUUGUAGACGAUUUGUUCUAUGUGUGGUUUAGUCUUUUGAUGUUGACACUACUUUGCUUUAUCUUCUUCCUUUACUUCUUCACAGAGAUACUGAAUGUCUACUUCACCACGCCUCGUGUCCGUGAAACACCUCGCUACGUGCUCUUUGCCCAUAUGCUCAUUAAUGACACAUUGUAUAUUGUUGCCGGACUUCUUAUCUGUAUGUGUUCAUUGUUUAAUAUCUGCAUGCCUGUGCCCAUCUGUUAUUUCCUCCUUGCGUUUUCAGCAUCAACAUUUCGCAUCACUCCGUACAAUUUGGCAGCCAUGGCUCUGGAACGAUACAUUGCCAUUUGCUUUCCAUUAAGACAUAUAAUGUUUUGCACGCCACAGAGAUCAUAUACUGUAAUUGCAUUCAUAUGGUUGAUGGGGAUAAUGCCUAAUGUAGCAGAUAUCUUUGUCCUGAGCUCCUCGGUGGAAAACAUGUUCUUCUCACUGUGCGUGAUCUGCAGACAGGAAUUGGUCACAGUGAACCCACUACAGACCACAAUAAGAUCACUGACCUUCAUAGUCACCUUGUCAAUGGUGGGACUGACCAUUCUCUACACAUACAUCAAGGUCAUGUUGGUGGCUCGGAAAAUUGAAUCGGGAAGUUCUUCUGCCUCCAAAGCUGGCAAAACCGUCAUGCUUCACGCCUUCCAGCUCCUAUUAUGUAUGGUCUCCUUAACGCAUUCAAUUAUAGAGUCAAAUGUUAAAACUUAUGUUGCCAUUAUAAAACUAAUGAACUUCUUAAUUCUUAUGUGCCUUCCGAGGUUCCUAAGCCCAUUAAUCUAUGGCAUAAGGGAUGAAGUAUUUAGCAAAUGCAUCAAAAACAUGUAUAUUUUACUCUGUAAACCCCAUUUGGCAAACUUAAAAUAA